AUGAAGCCUCCUCUACGAAUAGCCGUCCUUGAGGCUGACACACCCCCUGAUGAUAUUGUCGCAAGAUACGGAAAAUAUGGCCAGCUCUUCCGCACGCUGCUCGAGACGGCAGCAGACGAGCUAGGCGAACCAGGUUUCUCAAAAGAUAGCUUAGAGUUGAGCGGGUAUGAUGUAGUGACGGAGCAAAAGUAUCCUGAAAUUGAUAGCGUGGAUGCGGUCUUGAUCAGUGGAUCCAAGCACAAUUCAUUCGACAACGACCCCUGGAUCUUGAAACUUGUCGAGUUCACCGAGAAGCUGCUCAAACAGGAUCGCAUUCGCGUCAUUGGCGUGUGUUUUGGCCAUCAGAUCAUUGGACGGGCCGCAGGAGUCAAGGUCGGACGAAUGGAGGGAAAUAUGGAGGUCUCGGUAUUACCUGUCGAGUUGACUGAGAAGGGCAAGGAAAUUUUCAAGCAAGACACUCUUAGCAUCCAUCAAAUGCACCGGGAUGUUGUCUUCGAAUGCCCUGAAGGCACCGAGGUCCUUGGCGGGUCUCCUAGAUGUCUCGUUCAAGGCAUGUACAAGAAAGGGAGACUCAUCUCUGUCCAAGGACACCCCGAGUUCAACGAGGCUAUCGUAAGCUAUCUGGUCAUCAUGCGCACCAAGCAAGGCAUCUUCAAUACGGAGGAGGCUAAGGAUGCAUUGGAUAGGGUCGGGAAUCACCACGAUGGUGUUGCAGUUGCGAAGGCAUUCCUCAGAUUCUUGCUUGAAGACUAA